AUGGGGGAACAGUCAGCGCGUCGCCACCAACUUCGUUCGUUAUGUACAGCGACGGGUUCAACACGUCGGCAGCUCCAACUUGAUUCUCCGGAUAAGAUCCACAACCCACUAAGGAGUUCAUAUUUCUUGAAACGCGCCCUCUGGCUUCCCGCGCGACACAGUGAGGCCGACCGAUGGUGCCUGAUUUGGUGGGACGACGUCGGCGGCUUGAAGCGUUGCUUGUCAUCGUCGAACGGCUCGCAACGUGGCUCGUGCAUGAACAAGAAUAAACAGUGCUGA